AACGUCAUUUUGCAUGGAGCUGGGAAAAACACAUGUGAGAUGUAGCUGAACUAAACCGUACAGAUUGCCUCACCGGCUGUCUUGUUGUGUACUGCUCACAUGCGAGUUUACGAAUGUUUUACGGCCUUGUUCUGAGGAGCUCCAUUGGCCCGUGAGCAAGAGAUUAGUAAACCAGAGGAACAAAAAAAAAACAAAAAAAAACCAAACAGCAGUUGAUCUGAACAAUAAUCACCGCCUGAAUAAUGGGCAAUAUAAGAGAGAAGAUGGGGGCCAUAUCCCAGACGAUCUGCUCGAGAGGCCGAGUUCCAUCCGACGAGGACUUAAAGGCUUCAAAAGACGACACAGUGCAGAUGAAGAGAGAAAUCUCCCUCAUUAAUGGCAUCUGUCUCAUCGUGGGCAACAUGAUCGGCUCUGGGAUCUUCGUCUCCCCGAAGGGAGUCCUUAUGCACAGCACUUCUUUCGGCCUCUCCUUGCUCAUCUGGGCUCUCGGGGGCAUCUUCUCGGUGUUCGGGGCCUUGUGCUAUGUCGAGCUGGGCACCACCAUCGCCAAGUCUGGAGCCAGUUACGCCUACAUCCUGGAGUCGUUCGGGGGCUUUCUGGCCUUCAUCCGCCUGUGGACGUCCAUCUUUCUGAUGGAGCCGGCCAGCCAGGCCGUCAUUUCGUUGACCUUCGCUAACUACCUGGUGGAGGCUUACUACCCCACCUGCGGCCCUCCACACAAUGCUGUACGCCUCAUAGCAGCAGCCUGCCUCUGCAUGCUCAUCUUCAUCAACUGCGCCUGCGUGAAAUGGGGGACUUUGGUCCAAGACAUUUCAACUUAUACUAAACUCUCAGCCCUCCUCCUCAUCAUAAUGGUAGGGAUCCUGAAAUUGUCUGCCGGAGAGACAAAGAACUUUGAAAGUCCAUUUGAGGGUUCCUCCACAGAUCCUGGAGCCAUCGCUUUGGCCCUUUACUCAGCUCUGUUCUCCUACUCUGGCUGGGACACGCUUAACUUUGUCACGGAGGAGAUUCAGGAUCCAGAGCGGAAUCUACCCCUGGCCAUCGCCAUCUCCAUGCCAAUCGUGACAAUCAUUUACCUGUUGACCAACGUGGCCUACUACGUGGUUCUGGACAUGCCCUCUCUGCUGGCCAGUGAUGCCGUCGCUGUGACUUUUGGAAAUGAAGUUCUGGGACCCUUCAAAUGGAUCAUCCCCGUGUCAGUGGCCAUGUCCUGCUACGGAGGACUCAACGCUUCCAUCAUUGCUGCUUCAAGGUUGUUCUUUGUGGGUGCUCGAGAGGGUCAUCUCCCUGACACCCUCAGUCUGAUCCAUCUGGAUCGCUACACACCCAUCCCUGCACUCCUGUUCAAUGGCUUGAUGGGCCUCAUUUUUCUAUGCGUGGAGGAUGUGUUCCAGCUUAUCAGCUAUUUUAGUUUCAGCUACUGGCUCUAUGUGGGCCUAUCUGUGGCCGGCCUCAUUUAUCUGCGCUUCACCCAGCCAGACAGACCCAGACCUGUGAAGCUGACCUUGUUCUUCCCAUUCAUCUACUGCCUGUGCAGCCUGUUCUUAGUCAUUGUCCCUCUGUACGGAGACACCAUCAACUCUCUCAUAGGUAUUGGCAUCGCCCUCUCAGGGAUCCCUGUUUAUUACAUAGCCAUCCACCUACCUGAGGAGAGGAGGCCCAAAUUCUUGCGCACGCUAAACAUCUUUGCUACCAGAAACACUCAAAAGGUGCUCUACUGCUGCUUGACGCAAACAGGCGGUAAAGGACAGUGAGCUCGGGACAAACAACGUCUUGAGGCCGCCCACUUUUUAAAUGAAGGAGCUGACGUUUUGUCUCGUCACGAGCAGAAAAACAACACCCCGCACGUGUCCGUGAACACACGUGUCACAUACCAGGUCAAGUUUAAAAAAAGGCCUGCGAUAUCAAAUGACAGCAGAGGGAGCAAGAAACUUGUGACUCGUAAAAGCAAUACACACUACUCAAAAAACGUUAGGGGAUACGAAUCGAGCCCUGCCAGGAAUAGCGAAAAUCUGCAAGUUAGUGACACCCACCUAAGAAGGUUUGGAAUUGCAUUUAGAUGCCAAAAGUGGGUAGCAAAGUCAACGGUAUGGCCUGACUCAAUGAAGCUCCUCCUUUCACUUUGGCAUAUGUGCUUGGCACCGAGAUGCCAUAAGAUGGCGCCAAAUAAAUAUUUUUAUUUUUGACAUGGCUUUUCCCUGAGCACAAAAAUAACGAAAAGACAGGUUCCGACACAAAAUCCGCAAAGACGCUUAUUUGCACAUGCCGAACCGUGAUACCCGAGAGUUCACUGUAUUGGGGUUCUGGGUGAAUUUUCGUAAUGAACCUAAAAUGCACCAUAGCCUAAUUUAAUUUGACCUUCUCUAAGCUUUUGAGGUCCAACUGUUUGCUGUUUCAGUAUUUUUUGCAGGAUUCGCUGUUCUCUAACAAGAAGUUAAAUGGCAAAAUUCAUGGCAGAUAUUUGAUCCACAUCCAUUCAAAAGUUUGGGGAAGGGCAAAUUAAGAUCACUUGUAAAGGUUAUAGUGCAUUUUAGGUUCAUCUUGAAAUUCACCCGAAAGCCAAGUAUCCCCAACUUUCGAGGAGUAGUGUAAUUGUCCACAGGGAUCAUUAAGUAUCUUCCAUGAGGAUUUUCAAAAAACCUCAUUCUAGAUUCCACCUUGUUUGUUUGACUGAAAACCGAACUGUAAGAGCUUUUUACAAUGCAUGGACUUUUGGAUAAUAGGAUUGUUUAUGUCAUUUGUAGAGACUGUACAAUGAUGUGUUUUGUGAUUUUACACAAUGAACAAGACUUUAUGAAUAAGUAGAGACAACAAAUGUUUCAGAGUGAGCUACUUUUAUCACAUUAAAGUUAUUGAUUCUAA